AUGACCUUAGGCCUGGCGGGUGUGAACACCUUAGCUGGGGAGAGAGGAGGAGAAAGAGGAGAAAUAGGUUCCGGUGAUGGAGCACCCACCCCGAUACUAAGCUCGUGCUGGGAGCCUCGAGGCUGGGUAGGACUAGAAAGUGUCCAGAGGCUCAGGUUGGCGGUUGCGCCUGGAAUUCUAGGUGUCUGUGAGGUGAGGGUGGGGGGUGGGGUUGAAGUUGACACAAGGGCAAGCAGCCAAGCGAAGCUGGAGGGAGAGGACUUGGCAAAGCCCAGGGUGGCCAAUGAGGCCCCCUCGAGUCAGUCGCGGCUCCUGGACACUCCCUUGAGGUUCUCGCGGGUUACAGAACCGCUGCUGCAGGUGAGCUUAAGGGACCUGGGGCAGCUGAUGAGACUACGGGGCGUGGAAGCGGUGGAGCGGCUGGAGGGGCACUUCGGUGGCGUGUCGAGGCUGUGCCUGCUGCUGCAGACGGACCCCGAGCUCGGGCUCCACUCCGAUCCCGGCGAGCUGAGCCGCAGGCGGGAGCAGUUUGGCACCAAUGAGGUCCCAAAGCCACGGAGCAGAUAUUUCUUGGAGCUGGUGUGGGACGCUCUGCAGGACACUACGCUCAUCUUCCUGGAGGUGGCAGCUGUUGUGUCGCUGGCCCUGGCCUUCUAUGAGCCCAAGGUCAGCGGAGACACCAAAGGCUGCUAUGUCAGCAGGGGCUCCGAGGAGGAGGAGGGGAAAGAGAAAGUGGUGCACUGGCUGGAGGGAGCAGUCCUGCUGAUGUCAGUGGCUUUGGUGGUGCUGACCACAGCCUUAAACGAUUGGAACAAGGAGAAGGAGUUCAGGCACCUGGAGGACCGAGUGGUCUUAAGUCAGAAGGGCAAGGUAGUGAGGAAUGGCCAGAUGCUGGAGGUACCUGUCAAGGACAUCGUGGUGGGUGACAUAGUCCCAGUGUCCUAUGGGGACAUGCUGCCUGCAGACGGCGUACUGCUCGAGGGGCAGAGCUUAAAAAUGAAUGAGAGUUCCUUGCCCGGAAGGUUGAACAUGGUGAAGAAGUCCCCGAACCAUGACCCAAUUCUUCUGUCUGGGACCUAUGUGAUGGAGGGCUGGGGCAAAAUCCUGGUGACUGCUGUAGGGCCCAACUCACAAACUGGGAUCAUCCUGACCUCUCUUGAGGCCAGUGCCCAGCAAGGAAGGCUGGAAGAGCAGAGAAAAGUCCCAGACUGGGCAAUUCAAGGCAAGAGCUUCAUCAAACCAAAACAUUCCUACUCCAAAGCAAAGUCAGUGCUACAAAAGAAACUGACAAAAUUAGCAGUCCUGAUUGGCAAGUGUGGUAUGUUCAUGGCUACCAUCACAGUAGUUACUCUUGUGACCUACUUUGUAAUUAAUACUUUUGUGAUUGAGGGGCAAAAAUGGACAUAUGGUUGUACUUCAAUUUAUAUGCAAUACUUUAUUAAAUUUUUCAUUAUUGGAAUAACAAUCUUGGUGGUGGCUGUACCUGAAGGUCUUCCACUUGUAGUUACAUGGUCUUUGGCUUACUCGGUCAGAAAAAUGAUGAAAGACAAUAACCUAGUAAAGCAUUUGAAUGCUUGUGAGAUGAUUGGAAACGCCACAACCAUUUGCUUAGACAAAACUGGAACACUCACCAUGAAUAGAAUGACUGUGGUCCAGGCAUAUAUUGGUGAGAAUCAUUACCAAAAGCUCCCCAAAACCAAUUCUAUCUCAGAUCCUAUCCUGGAGUACCUCUUAAAAGGUAUCACUGUAAAUUGUUCUUAUACUUCCAACGUCAUUCUUCCCAAAGAUGGUAAGAAGUUAGUACAACAAAUUGGCAAUAAAACCGAAUGUGCCUUAUUGGGAUUUCUCCUGCAUUUGGAAUUGGAUUAUGAGAAAGAAAGAAACAAAAUACCACAGAAGAGCUUGUAUAAAGUGUAUACCUUCAACUCAGAUAGAAGAUCCAUGAGUACUGUAUUAAAAUUGUCCACUGGGGGUUUCCUGAUGUUCAGUAAAGGUCCUUCUGAAAUAAUAUUAGCAAAGUGUUGUAAAAUCCUGAACAAAAUGGGAACGCCUGUGGAAUUGACAGAAACCAAAAAAGAAGAAAUUGUUCAAAAUAUCAUUGUGCCAAUGGCUUCUGAAGGACUUCAAACAAUUUGUCUGGCCUUCAGAGAGUUCUCAGAUCAGGAAAAAGAACCAGACUGGGAUAAAGAAGAGGAUAUAGUUACAAAACUUACUUGCAUUGCCCUUGUAGGCAUUGAAGAUCCUGUUAGGCCUGAGAUUCCAAGUGCCAUUAGGAAAUGCCAGCGAGCUGGAAUCACUGUCCGGAUGGUCACUGGGGAUGACCUUAAUACUGCAAAGGCUAUUGCAUUAAAAUGUGGCAUUCUGGACCUCCACCACAAUUACUUGAGUCUAGAAGGCAGAGAGUUCAACAGGCUAAUACAUACCAAGCAUGGGAAGAUUGAACAGAAGCUUUUAGACAAGAUCUGGCCCAGACUUCGUGUGCUUGCAAGGUGUUCCCCCACUGAGAAAUACACACUUAUACAAGGUAUAAUCAACAGUGAUGUUUUGGGAAUGAGGCAGAUUGUAGCCGUAACAGGUGAUGGUACUAAUGAUGGCCCAGUAUUAAAAGUAGCAGAUGUUGGGUUUGCUUUGGGCAUCAUUGGAACUGAUAUUGCUAGAGAAGCUUCAGACAUCAUUGUAAUGGAUGACAGCUUCACAAGCAUUAUGAAAGCGGUCAUGUGGGGGAGGAACACUUACGACAACAUCUCCAAGUUCCUCCAGUUUCAGCUGACAGUCAGUGUCGUGGCAAUGGUGGUGGCUUUUAUAGGGGCAUGCGUGACGCAGGAUUCACCUCUUAAAGCGGUACAGAUGCUAUGGAUUAACCUCAUAAUGGAUGCAUUUGCUUCCCUCACCUUAGCCACUGAAAAGCCAACUGAAGCACUUCUGCUGAGAAAACCUUAUGGAAGGAAACAGAAUCUCCUGUCCAGUUCCAUGGUAAAGUAUAUUCUGGGUCAUGCAGCGUAUCAGCUUACAGUCACUUUUGUUCUUAUGUUUGUUGGGGAAGAGCUGUUUGAUUUCGAGAGCGGAAGAAAAGCUCUUCUCCAUUCUCCUCCUUCCACUCACUAUACAAUGAUAUUCAAUACUUUUGUUAUGAUGCAGCUUUUCAAUGAAAUUAAUGCCCGGAAGAUUCAUGGUGAGAGAAAUGUCUUUGAAGGAAUCUUUGACAAUAAUAUCUUUUGCAUCAUUGUUGGGGGAACAUUUGCCUUACAGUUCCUCAUUGUACAAUUUGGUGGGAAUGUUUUCAGUUGCACCAAUCUUAGUCCAGACUUGUGGCUGUGGUGCAUUUUUCUAGGAGCAGGGGUAUUAGUGUGGGGUCAGUUUGUAACCACAAUUCCCAACAAGUGUGUGGAACCCCUUAUAAGGUUGAUGGGUGAAAGAUCAGAAGAAAAGGCUGAUACCAUUUGCCCUAUUGCAUCAAUGACUGAGGACCUAUUGUGGGUUCAGAACCCAAGCAGAAUCCAGAAUCAGAAAAGACUAAUACAAUCAUAUCAUUCUUACUUUCACAGGAGUGUGUCCCAAAUUACCCACUGA